ACAUCGACAUCUCAGACGUCAAUCACAAAGCGAAAGAGCACUGAAGCCACCAAUUCCUCACCAACAAACAAAGCCGCAUAUUCCACACCCAAUCUCCACCGUCCAAUCCAAAUCCAACGCCCCACAUCACACGCCGCUACUCUAUUAAGCUCCAACACCGCCACCUCACCAGAUCCCCACUCCCUCCAAUCAUGGCCUCCCUAGCACUCACCACCACCGCCCUCCCCUCCCUCCGCCUCCGCCUCCGCCGCAACUCUACCACCGUCAAACCACGCCGCUUCGCCUCCAUUCCUCUCAAACAAAACCUCCACGCUUCCAUUUCCACUUUCCCUAAUUUCUCACUCAAAAAACCGAACCUCGUUUCAAAUCGCAAACUCCCCUCUCUCACCGUCCGAGCCUCCGCCGCCUCCAUCACUCCGGCGCCGGCGCCGGCACCACCUCAGCCAUGGCAAGGCGCUUCAAUAAAACCUUUACUAGCCUCCGUCGCGACGGGAGUCUUACUCUGGUACUCUCCCGUUCCCGCCGGCGUGAACCGCAACGCGUGGCAGUUACUCGCGAUUUUCCUCGGCACAAUCGUCGGCAUUAUAACGCAACCGUUACCCCUCGGCGCGGUGGCGAUUUUAGGCUUGGGCGUUUCCGUCCUCACCAAAACCCUACCGUUCGCCGCCGCGUUCUCCGGCUUCGGCGACCCCAUCCCGUGGCUCAUCGCGCUCGCGUUCUUCUUCGCCAAGGGAUUCAUCAAGACCGGCCUCGGAAACCGCGUGGCGUACCAGUUCGUGAAGCUCUUCGGUAGCUCCUCGCUAGGGUUAGGUUACAGCUUGGUCUUCAGCGAGGCAUUGCUGGCGCCGGCGAUUCCCUCUGUGUCGGCGAGGGCGGGGGGGAUUUUCCUGCCGCUGGUGAAGGCGCUCUGCGUGGCGUGCGGGAGCAACGCCGGCGACGGGACGGAGAACAGGUUGGGGGCGUGGCUGAUGCUUACUUGUUUUCAGACUUCGGUGAUUACGUCGGCGAUGUUUCUGACGGCGAUGGCGGCGAAUCCUCUGUGCGCGACGCUUACGUUGAACUCGAUUAAUCAGACGAUAGGGUGGUUGGAUUGGGCCAAGGCUGCUAUUGUUCCGGGGUUGGCGUCGUUGGUGUUGGUGCCGUUGAUCUUGUAUGUUAUAUACCCGCCGACGCUGAAGAAUAGUCCAGAUGCUCCUAAGCUUGCGAAGGAGAAGUUGGAGACGAUGGGGCCCAUGACUGCCCAUGAGAAGAUCAUGACCGCCACUCUGUUUCUCACGGUGGGACUUUGGGUAUUUGGAGGGCUUCUUAAUAUUGAUGCUGUAUCUGCUGCAAUUCUUGGAUUAGCUGUACUUCUUGUCACUGGGGUUGUAACAUGGAAGGAGUGAUUAGCUGAAGGAGUUGCCUGGGAUACUCUCACAUGGUUUGCUGCCCUCAUAGCAAUGGCUGGGUAUUUGAACAAAUAUGGUCUCAUUUCUUGGUUCAGUCAAACUGUAGUCAAGUUUGUCGGUGGAUUGGGUCUAUCAUGGCAACUAUCUUUUGGAAUUCUGGUCCUUCUCUACUUUUACUCUCAUUACUUCUUUGCAAGUGGAGCUGCUCAUAUUGGUGCCAUGUUUACUGCAUUUUUGUCUGUUGCCACUGCUCUGGGGACUCCGCCAUUCUUUGGAGCCAUAGUGCUGUCCUUCCUCUCCAACCUUAUGGGUGGCCUUACUCAUUAUGGAAUUGGAUCAGCUCCAGUGUUUUUCGGUGCCAACUACGUUCCUCUUGCUAAAUGGUGGGGCUAUGGAUUCGUCAUUAGCAUUGUUAACAUUAUAAUCUGGCUUGGACUUGGAGGAGUAUGGUGGAAAUUCAUUGGCUUGUGGUAAGAGGCCUACUAUAUAAAUUUGCCUACACUGAAUUUCUAAUUUAAGAAUUUUGUAUACGUUCAUGUAUGAAUCCUCCUUAUUAUUAUCAGCAGUUAAAGCAAACUGCUAAUCUUUUUUCCGAUUCUUUCUAAAAUAAUCUUGGGGAGGUUUUGAUGAGAUUUAGGUGCGACAUGGAUACAGUUGGUCAUUUUAGAUCCGGGGUAGAACAUUUACUGAAAUGUAAGGGCAUCCUGCCAUUCAGGAUAUGUUGUAGUUUAUGCCUUGAAUGGGUUUUUUUCUAUAAAUUUUGCAGAACAAGUGUUAUAUUGUUGUGUGUGAAUUUAGAUAUUGCAUUCAUAUAGCUGAAAUUUGACAGCUAUCAUUAUCCGUCAGAAAAUUCUUUUCGGAUGUUCCAAUUUCCAGUUAGUGAAUGCUCCGCACACCUCGGAGUUAAAGA